GGUCCUUCAAUUUCCCACUCAAAACAAAAACAAACUUACUUUUCUUUUCUUCCUAAAAAACCCCAACAAAAUGGAGAGCCAAAAGAAAAACCCAAGUUUUUAAUCUUCAAAAUAUCUCCAUUUGCUUUCCUCUCUAGCCAUCUUGUCUUUGUUUUCUCACUUCAAAACUAAACAUUCCCCAUAAUAUUCUUUGAUUCUUGUAUCACUGAAAACCAUUCUCUCUAAAAAGAUUAUUCACCUGUUAGGUGUUUGAUGUUUUGUCUACAUUGCCUAGUUCUUUGUAUUUGGUUUUUCACUUGCUGAAAGAAUGGAUUUUGAGUGGUCCAAUUGACAGUUUUUAGGAUGGAUUUUGGACCGAACAAGAGGGAAUCAUGGAAGAAUGUAUUAACAUUGGCUUAUCAAAGUUUAGGUGUUGUUUAUGGAGAUUUAAGUACUUCCCCUUUAUAUGUAUACAAAAGUGCAUUUGCUGAAGAUAUUCAUCACUCUGAGACAAAUGAGGAGAUUUAUGGGGUUUUAUCAUUUGUGUUUUGGACAUUAACAUUGAUGCCAUUGUUGAAAUAUGUGUUCAUUGUGCUCAAAGCUGAUGAUAAUGGUGAAGGUGGCACUUUUGCUUUGUAUUCAUUGCUUUGUAGACAUGCAAGGCUUUGUUCAUUGCCUAAUUGUCAGCUUGCAGAUGAAGAACUAUCGGAGUACCAAAAAGAUGGGAUUUCAUCAAUUAGUAAGAGCUUUUUAGGGUCUAGUUUGAAAUCAACUUUAGAGAAACACAAACUUUUGCAAAGGCUUUUGCUUGUUUUGGCUUUGAUUGGGACUUGCAUGGUCAUUGGAGAUGGUGUCCUCACACCUGCAAUUUCUGUUUUUUCAGCAGUGUCAGGAUUGGAGCUUUCAAUGUCCAAAGAACAACAUCGUUAUGUAGAAGUUCCAGCAGCUUGUGCCAUAUUGGUAUUCUUGUUUGCACUCCAACAUUAUGGGACCAACCGGGUGGGGUUCUUGUUUGCACCCGUUGUAAUAACAUGGCUAUUGUGCAUCAGUGCAAUUGGGAUUUACAACAUUUGUGAAUGGAACCCCCAUGUCUACCAAGCACUCUCUCCAUAUUACAUGUACAAGUUCUUGAAGAAGACCCAAAAGAAAGGUUGGAUGUCACUUGGUGGGAUCUUGCUUUGUAUUACAGGCUCAGAAGCUAUGUUUGCUGAUCUUGGACAUUUUUCACAGUUGUCUAUCAAGGUUGCUUUCACCUUUGUGGUUUACCCCUCUUUAAUUCUUGCAUACAUGGGCCAAGCUGCUUAUCUUUCUAAGCACCAUAUCAAUGAAACCGACUACAGGAUCGGAUUCUACGUGUCUGUACCAGAGAAAAUAAGAUGGCCAGUUCUGGUUAUAGCCAUACUUGCAGCAGUUGUAGGAAGUCAAUCCAUCAUAACUGGAACAUUUUCUAUUAUCAAACAAUGUUCUGCUUUGGGUUGUUUCCCUAAGAUCAAAAUCAUCCACACUUCAUCCAAAAUUCAUGGCCAGAUUUACAUCCCACAGAUCAACUGGACUUUGAUGCUCUUAUGCUUGGCUGUAACCAUCGGUUUCCGAGACACCAAACGCAUGGGGAAUGCCUCUGGUUUGGCAGUUAUUACAGUUAUGUUGGUUACAACAUGCUUAAUGUCUCUGGUUAUUGUGUUAUGCUGGCAUAAAAGUGUCUUGUUAGCUGUUUUCUUUCUAUUCUUCUUUGGUUCCAUUGAAGCACUGUAUUUCUCAGCAUCUCUCAUGAAGUUCCUUGAAGGGGCUUGGGUUCCCAUAGCCCUUGCUUUAAUCUUUUCAGUCAUAAUGUACGUUUGGCACUAUGGAACACUAAAGAAAUACGAGUUUGAUGUUCAGAAUAAGGUCUCAAUAAAUUGGCUCCUUGCUCUCGGUCCUACUUUGGGUAUCGUUCGGGUUCGAGGCAUUGGGCUUAUACAUACCGAGCUAGUUUCCGGGAUCCCGGCUAUUUUUUCUCACUUUGUCACCAACCUUCUAGCUUUCCACCAAGUAGUAGUGUUUCUUUGCAUCAAAUCAGUUCCAGUGCCCCAUGUUAGUCCCGGGGAACGGUUCCUAGUCGGAAGAGUUGGUCCGAAAGGGUAUAGGCUUUAUCGGUGUAUUGCACGGUAUGGAUAUCGAGAUAUUCACAAAGAUGAUAUUGAAUUCGAGAAAGAUCUCACUUGCAGCAUUGCAGAAUUCAUCCGGUCAGAACGGCCCGAACAUAUUACGAGAAUGGAAAGCGAUGAGAAAAUGACAGUUAUUGGGACAUCAUCAUCGAAUUCACAAGGUGUGUCAAUUUGUGCAGAUGGUGGUGAUGAUCAUGAAGAUUCAUCUGAAAUAGUAAGCGCAAAGUCCCCCGAGAAGCCAAGGAAAAGGGUGAGGUUUGUGGUCCCGGAAAGUCCCCAGAUUGACAGUGAGGCGAGAGAGGAAUUGCGGGAACUAAUGGAAGCUAGGGAAUCAGGCAUGGCAUUCAUAUUGGGGCAUUCAUAUGUAAGAGCAAAGAAAGGAUCAAAUUUGAUGAAGAGAAUAGUGAUAAAUUAUGGAUAUGAUUUCUUGAGAAGAAACUCUAGAGAGCCAACUUAUGCUUUAAGCAUUUCUCAUGCAUCUACAUUAGAAGUUGGGAUGGUAUACUUGGUAUAAAUAUUUCUAUGUAUUAACUUAUUUUCUUCCUUUAAAGGUUUUUUUUCGAGGCUCUGGUUUGAAAUAAUGUUAUUGUAUGAAAACUAAUGUAUAAAAACUAAUUUGCUUACUUUUUAGGUAAAAAAAGUAAAAUGCAAUCUGAGUUCUACUGUAA